UCAAACAAACGGGGCUGGGCAGUCGAAGUUGGGACAAUUUACGGAGGUUUCUGUUGCCGGACAGUCGACGUCAAUAAGGAUAUGUAUACAGUUAUUAUGUACAGAAAGGUGUUAUUGUGUCCUUUUGAGGAGUAAAGAGGAUAUCAAUGUCGAAUAUUUGUUUUCGUAUCCGAGGACUUUGAUGCAUUUCGAUAGAAAAUUAUAGCUUAACUGAGAAACUACCCUUCCGAAACGAAUUGAGGAUGAUUUUUGCGAAUACUGGGAACCCACUAAGGACUCCAUAUCGAAAACAGCCACCUGCUGCCCUAUCGUCACACCCCAUGGCUCCACCCAGCCCCAGCACCAACAGCAGCACAAACAACAGCAGCAGCAGCAGCACUGCAGGCUGGGACCAACUCAGCAAAACAAACCUCUACAUCCGAGGCCUGUCCCCUUCAACCACAGACCACGAUCUGGUCAAGCUCUGUCAGCCGUAUGGCAAAAUUGUAUCAACAAAGGCCAUCCUGGACAAGACUACAAACAAAUGUAAAGGGUAUGGCUUUGUGGACUUUGACAGCCCCGCUGCAGCUCAGAAAGCCGUAGCUGCCCUGAAGACCACUGGUGUCCAAGCUCAGAUGGCAAAGCAACAAGAACAAGACCCGACAAACCUGUACAUCUCCAACUUGCCGUUGUAUAUGGAUGAGCAGGAACUGGAGAGCAUGUUGAAGCUCUUUGGCCAGGUCAUAUCCACGCGCAUCCUGAGGGACUCCACUGGAGGCAGCAGAGGAGUGGGCUUUGCAAGGAUGGAGUCAACUGAAAAAUGUGAUGCAGUCAUUUCUCACUUCAAUGGAAAGUUUAUCAAGACACCUGCAGGUGUUCCAGCACCAUCUGAACCCUUGCUGUGCAAGUUUGCUGAUGGCGGACAGAAAAAGAGGCAAAGUCAGAAUAAAUUUGCCCUGAAUGGUCGGGGGUGGGGAAGGGAAGGUGACUCCAGACUGGCUGGAAUGACACUCACCUAUGACCCCAGUGCAGCUGCUCUGCAAAAUGGAUUUUUCCCACCAGCAUACAGUAUUUCAAACAGGAUGAUCGCUCAAACGUCCAUGUCUCCCUACAUGUCCCCGCUUUCAGCAUACCAGGUGCAGAACCCAUCCUGGAUGCCUCAUCAACCCUACAUAAUGCAACACCCAAGUACAGUGAUGUCGCCCUCCAUGGACCCAUCUAUGUCACUACAGCCCACUUCCAUGAUGGCCCCAAUGACACAACAGAUGAGUCACCUCUCUCUGGGCAGUGCAGGAACGUUUAUGGCCACAAACACAGCUAUGCAAGGAGCAUAUAUCCCCCAGUAUGCUCACAUGCAGACGUCAAGUGUCCCAGUAGAGGAAAAUGGUGCACAGUCACAGGUGGACUCUGCUAAUCAUUCGCCGUAUUCCUACCAACAAACCAAGUAGCGCUGAGGUAACAUUUGGACGACAGCGACAACAAUCAUGUCUACAACUUGCAAUGGAUGCUAAGGAUCUUUUCACUGUUUUGCACAGGAUCUGCAAAUGUUAAAGUGAGACUAUUUUUGGUAUCAGUUUUCAGAGAGAGUAUCUACGUUCAUCUAAUGAUUUAAAGAGAGCGAAAAAGAUUUAUUUUCAUACUAGAAAACGUUUAUUUUGUUACCAAGGAUUUCCACAGGACACAAGAAAGAAGAAUCAUGUGACUAGUUGUUCAAAGUGCAUGAGAGUAAAUAUGUCUUUUUGUUAAUAUUUCCAGAUCUUUUUUUUUUUUUCCUGAAGACAUUUUUAAAAAUGAUGUUUUUGUGCUUGCUGUGUGAGUGUUGCUUUUGGUGAAGUGUUCAGUGUUGUUUUCUUGUUAAGUGAUUUCUCGUAGUACUUUAGAUUGAUCUUUGCUGUCUGAUUAAAAAAAAUUGCCUUCCUAGUUUUUGAUACAGAAGUUGUACAGGCCAUCACAGCGAGUGGCAAUAAGCAAAAAAAAUGUUUUUGCUUUUCUCCUCCAAUAGUUGAUAGAAAAAAAAAGAGAAUUUUAGAAAAAAAGUGUUUUGAAUGAAAUGACUUCAUCUGAAAACUUUAUUGGAUGUUAUAUUUAUUUAGUAAGAACCUUACAUGUUACUGGAUGUUGGAAUGUGCUAGAGAUUCUGCUAAAAGAUCAACUUUUGAAUCUUGCCUUUUGAUCAUUUUGUGUAGUAGAAUAGAAAAAAAAGGAAUUGCUGGGUUAAGGGGAUGAAAUUGGAAAGAUGUGUUUAGUUUUUCUGUUGUGGUCUUGUCUUCUUUUGUCAUGUGGAUUUUUAUUUUGAUGGGGUGUGUCUUUUUCACUUUUAUUUGAAAAACCAACAAGAAAACACAGACUCAUGAUUGUGCAAAAAAAAACUCAUCAAAGCCUUGUAAUACAACUUUGGCAAAAGUCCAGUGAGUUUGGGGGUAAAUGAAACGUAUUUGUUGAACGUAUUGCACCUCGCUCUUUGAUAGGAAACAAACAAACUUGGCACUUUCGAUAGUUACUAACUCCACCAAAGAAAAAGCAUAGUUUGUCUUUUGGACUUGGAAAAAAAUUGACCCUGCAAGCUAGAUUGCAGUUAGGACAGUGUGCCUUUUUUGUACAUUUACAUUCAGUUGUUAUAGGUAUUAGUACGGUGCAGACACACAGAGGCAUGAAGGAAGGCCUGGAUCGAAGAAGUGCCACAGAUUAAAUUUAGACUUAGCAAGAAAAAAAAGAUAGAUAUAUAUAUAACAAAUGUAAACUAAAGGACAGUGCUAAACUUGCAACUCAAUAUGACCUAGCACUGAAAUAAGAAUAAGUAAUUGUAUUCUUGUAGUACAUAAAGGCAGGCUUUCUGAUUAUGGGGUCCUCCACUUAACCUGUGAUUCGACCUGGUGGUCAGUCAGACCAGUUAUCUACCUCAGAGUUUUCUUUCUCCUCUGUACUAGGUCGGGUUUGCAGGUCCAGCCCGCCCUUCCAGACCAAAAGCCACGCUCAGGAGCUGGCCACAUACAGCUGUUUCCUUAAAGGUUGUUUGAAUACUUUUUUUUUAUUUUCCUCAAACCUAUUUUUUUAUGAUGUUUUAUGUAACCAUUAGGGGGUCGACAAAAGGUUUCCACUCAUGUCCACUCAUUCAGUUUCAUAGUUUUUGAAAGUGCUGCUGCUUUUGAAGCAAUAUAUCCAAGAGGUAGAUCUCAGAUGUUAAAGACCAACAAUGACAACAAAGCGUCUGGGUGUUCAUCAGGUCUGUGCUCCUUUAAACAAACAUGUUUGUUGUUUUGUCUUGGGUCGAGACGAGCUCACAGCAGCAUUCCCCUCUGGUGUCCAACAAAUGUUAAAGGGCCACAGUGAUUAUACUUGAGAUUUCCGUGUAAUGCCUGAGACUGAGAAGUAAUACUGUCUUAUGAGGUUAAUGCUGCUAGUGGUGUCUGAACCAAGUGCCAUAGUAUCUGGGUUAGGAGUUGCAGAGGUUGCAUACAGAAAUAAAAUUGCUCAUACAAGUAACCACCAUGUUGAACAGUCACUAAGUUAUAUGAAAUAUUUUUAAUUUAUGAAGAUUUUUUUUUGUACAGAUAGCUUGAGGAAAUAAGAGAUUUUCAUAGAGCUAUAUGGAAGUGAAUUGUUUUUUUAAUUUUAAUUUUUUUGUGCCACAUGAUUGCCAGUGGUAACUUGUAUGUACAGUUUAAGAAACCUUUCCUCUGUUUUUGUUUUGUAGUGUUUGUAAAAGCCAAAGACUUUUCUUCCGUAGACUGGUGCCUAAGGUUUAUUCUUUCGUUUCUUUGACAUUUUUUGAAUAAAAAUUUUCAACUUGUGA